UGGCAGGCGGCGUGCAGCUCCGGGCAGCGGCCCUUCCCGGGCCGGCGUCGGUGGCACAGUGCGCAGGCGCGGCCGGCGCGUUUCCCCGCGCUACAGCCGGCGCCGCCGCCCGCUCGUCAGCCGCCCGGCGCAAUGGCGGGCUGCGCGGCGCGGGCUCCGCCGGGCUCCGAGGCGCGUCUCAGCCUCGCCACCUUCCUGCUGGGCGCCUCGGUGCUCGCGCUGCCGCUGCUCACGCGCGCCGGCCUGCAGGGCCGCACCGGGCUGGCGCUCUACGUGGCCGGGCUCAACGCGUUGCUGCUGCUGCUCUAUCGGCCGCCUCGCUACCAGAUAGCCAUCCGAGCUUGUUUCCUGGGGUUUGUGUUCGGCUGCGGCAUGCUGCUAAGUUUUAGCCAGUCUUCUUGGAGUCAUUUUGGCUGGUACAUGUGCUCCCUGGCAUUGUUCCACUAUUCUGAAUACUUGGUGACAGCAGUCAAUAAUCCCAAAAGUCUGUCCUUGGAUUCCUUUCUCCUGAAUCACAGCCUGGAGUAUACAGUAGCUGCUCUUUCUUCUUGGUUAGAGUUCACACUUGAAAAUAUCUUUUGGCCAGAACUGAAGCAGAUCACCUGGCUUAGUGUCACAGGGCUGCUGAUGGUGGUCUUCGGAGAGUGUCUGAGGAAGGCGGCCAUGUUUACAGCUGGCUCCAAUUUCAACCACGUGGUGCAGAAUGAAAAAUCAGAUACACAUACUCUGGUGACCAGUGGAGUGUACGCUUGGUUUCGGCAUCCUUCUUACGUCGGGUGGUUUUAUUGGAGUAUUGGAACUCAGGUGAUGCUGUGUAACCCCAUCUGCGGUGUCAGCUAUGCCCUGACAGUGUGGCGAUUCUUCCGUGAUCGAACAGAAGAAGAAGAAAUCUCACUAAUUCACUUUUUUGGAGAGGAGUACCUGGAGUAUAAGAAGAGGGUGCCCACGGGCCUGCCUUUCAUAAAAGGGGUCAAGGUGGACCUGUGACGGGCAGUGGCUCGGUGACCUUGGGGCCUCCGACCCUGUGCAGCCUGGGACAAAACUGUUUCCGGUUGGCUGCUGCAACGUGGAUUUUCUUAAUCGUUUUAUGUCAUUAGUCACUCUUCUGGAAUGUCACUCAAGACCACGCGGUCAGAAGGCCUGAGGACCCAAGGCCCCACUGGAGCAGUCUGUCCUUAUGCCGAAUGAAGGCAGAACAUGGUGAAUGACGAGUAAGAGGCAAAUCACAGCAAUAUUCCCCAGCGCCCUCCAGAGUUACCUGGGGAGGACCGAGGCCACACACCACUGCCCCCGAGGCCAGAGUGUAAGUAAGGGUUAACCAGGACUCCCUGGGAGAGAUGGACUCUGUCCUCAGUAACACUCCACAUCAGAAAGGGGCAGCAGGUACCCCUUUUUAUCAGCAGUAAAAAUGCAUUUACAACCUUUCAUUUAACCGAAAAACACAAACCGCUUUAACCUCUUUAUUUCUGUCCCCCACUGCAUGAACAUCUAUACAAUUUUAAAAAUACUUCCUCAUAGGAUGCUUUGGCCCUUCAUCUAUUUAAUCAUAGCUACAUAUCUAUUUUUUAUAAGUAGCAGUACACAUUCAAAGGGGUAUUCCUAGCUCAACGCCUGGUGUUCUAGCUCAACUUUUAUCCUGCAGCAAGUAAGCCAGACGAUUUGGCUCAGUGGCUUUGUGUGACCAUGGCCCCAGGCCAAGGGCAUCAUGGCCCUGGCCGGCUUUCCCGGGGGUCUCAGCUCCUGUUGUCAGUGACAGGCGGCUCAAAGGAGCGUCAGUUUCUUUUGAUCCAAGAAGUGCUUACUGAAUGCCUGCCCUGUGCAUGGCCUUAAACAUUGAGAAGUGCUGCUCUCCGUUUAUUUUGGAUUUGAUUCUCAUUUUACCAUAGCUUAUAUUCUCAAUUUCAAUGUCAGUCUCAGAACUCUUGUUUUCUGUGUUCUGUUCUCAAAAUUACGUUGUCCCUCAUGUCAUUUCAAACUGUUUUCCAAAGGGAUUUGAGCAUAUACAACUACAAAUCCAAGCAGAUUGACUCUCAAAAAUAAUCUUAAAUACUGCAAAUAGUCCCAACUAAGAUUCAGUCAAUAUGUUUGUUUUGCAAGUUUGGGAGAGUAGUUGGCUUUGAGUCACACAUCGAAGCUUUAGGAGGUGAGACACUGGCUUCAUUCUGGACUAGACAGGAACUUGGCCUCAGCGUGAGAUCCUGCCAUGAAGUGUUGGCGGUGGCACUGAUGAAGUGUGAAUGUGAAGGCGGCGUCGGCGCGGGGCCAGAGCACCACUCUGCUGCCCCACCACGCGGCUUGUGAGGAGCCACUAAACCUUUCCGUGCCUAGACCUCCCCAUCUGUGGAAUGGGGUCAAUACCACCUACCUCACAGGGGUGUUGUGAGGACUGAGAAGAACAAUGUCAAAUGUUUUUAAUACUCAGAUGUGGGGGCGACAUCAAUGAAAUCUGUACUGUAUGAAAGCUACACAAAAAUGGGCAGACAUUUGGUUAAUUGUGUCAGAUACCUAAAAUGUAUGUUCAGAAAAGCAUUUUAUCAACUCAGAAAUAUGACUUAUUUCUAGA